AUGGGUUCCAACGUCGGCCUUGACCUCCGCGGUCUCACCCCCGCCCCCAUCACCCCCUUCAACAAAGACGGCAGUGUAGACUACGACGCCAUCCAGCGCCUCGGCUCCUGGCUCGGUAGCAUCGCCGGCGUCACCGGCUUGGUUGUUCUCGGCCACGCCGGCGAGGGCACCUUCCUGACGCAAGAAGAGCAGAUCUCCGUCAUCAAGGCCUUCGUCAAGUCGACCAACAACCGUAUCCCCGUCAUUGCGGGUAUCACAGGCGAGGGAACCGAGGUCGCCGCCCUCGAGGCCAAGCGCGCCCGUGAGGCCGGCGCCGCGGCUGGCCUGCUGUACCCUUCGCACGGCUGGCUCCGGUUCGGCUACCAGCCCGGUGCCCCGCAGGACCGCUACAAGAGAGUUUACGAGGUCAGCGGCCUGCCCCUCAUCCUCUUCCAGUACCCCGACAACACCAAGGCGACGUACAACCUCCAGACCCUCCUCGACAUCUCGGCACUGCCGGGUGUCUUUGCCAUGAAGAACGGUGUCCGCAACAUGAGGCGCUGGGACACUGAAAUUCCCGUCAUCCGCAAGGAGCGCCCCGAUCUCCAGAUCCUCACCUGCCACGACGAGUACCUCCUGCACACCGCCUUCGAUGUAGACGGCAUGCUCGUUGGAUACGGCAACAUCGCCCCCGAGCUGCUGAUUGAGUUGAUCAAGGCCGGCAAGGCAAAGGAUUACCCCAAGGCGAGGGCGAUCCACGACAAGCUGCUGCCCGUGACCAAGGCCGUCUACCACAGGGGAUCGCACAUGGAGGGCACCGUUGCCUUGAAGCACGCGCUGGUUGCAAGGGGGAUUCUGGAGCACGCCACCGUCCGGUCACCUCUGCUUCCCUUGGAGAACGGUGCGGAGGAGGAGAUUUUCUCCGCCGUGUCGGCCGCUGCUCUUUCGCGUGUGAAAUAA